CCAAUAUACAAUUGAAUAACACGUUUUAAUAGCAAGCAAAGCGUGUCAUGUUGUGUAAUUCACUAAAGCUAUAGCAGAGCUAAUCGUGACAGCUGCUGUCCGCCUACACAAAACGGCAUCUUUCUCUGUCAUUGUUAGCCAGUUAGCUCCGACCAACUGUUAUCGUCAAGGAUGUUAUUGUAGCUCGUCCAGCUGACUCUUGCUGACCUUCAGUGACGAUUGGCCCCCACAGCCAUCCGUCAACAUGCAAGGAUUCUACUCCAAGCUGGACUCGUCCCCGUUACUGGGGGUGGGCCUCAGGGGAGAAGGUGCUCCCGUCCCUCUCAGCCUGGCUGUAGAGACGGAGAAAGCUCAGGCCCUCCUACAGACAUUCAGCUCCGCCUCUCUGCUGGCGUCGGCAGGACUCGGUAUGUUCUGUGUGGUGGCGGACCACGCCCUCCAGCUGUCCGUCAUCCAGAACCACCUGUGGCUGCGCGCUGCCUUGGACAACGCCACGCAUGGAUUGGUGGGGCUUUGGUCAUGGGCGGUUGUUAUUGGACUGAGGAAAAAGAGUGAUUUCUAUGAGGUGCUGCUUGCCGGUCUCCUGGCAUCAAUCAUAGACCUGGACCACUUCUAUAUGGCUGGAUCCCUGUCACUCAAGGCUGCUGUCUCGCUCCCUCAGCGUCCUCCUCUCCACUGUUCCUCUCUCAUCCCCGUCCUCUGUCUCUCCCUCCGCUUCUUCAUGUGGAUCGGACGCCUCAAAGAUUCGUGGUGUUCCUUGCCGUGGAUGCUUUUAAUUUCCAUGGCGACGCAUCACGUCCGGGACGCCGUGCGCCACGGCCUGUGGGUGUGCCCGUUUGGGAACACGGCACCGCUCCCUUACUGGCUGUACGUCAGCACCACGGCGACGCUGCCUCACCUGUGUUCAGUGCUCAUGUAUCUGACUGGAACCAGGGACGUGAUCUCCACCAAACACGGGGUGGCCAUCGAUGUUUAAAGUCGCCGUAGUGACGACGACGCCUAGUUCUGAUCUGGUACGGGAUCGCCUGCGGGCUACAAAAUGUCCUUAGCUGUUUGAAACCACUUUUAGAUACUUGAAAUUACUGGAGAAAACAUGUGACCGAUUAACUGAAAACAUGUUUUUUUUCAGUUUAGGUGAAGAGAAAUGUUGUUUUUUUCUCCAGCCACAAGGAUGAGAAAACUGUCACUAUGAUAACGGAAAACAAAAAAACUUAAACAUUUGAGUUUCCAUGGAUGAAGAAAUCUGUAAAAUAAUAAAUUAGCUUUUGGAAAACGUCCAGUGUGAGUGUCAAUCAUGGUUUUCUUACUUUGAGAUUUCUUUUCUGGUAUUAUGGAAAUGUAUCAGAAACCUGUUCACUUAUCUGAUGCUUAUCUCUAACUGUGUUUAAUAUUUAUGUAGUGACCCUUUAAAACUUUGACAUAUCGUUUUGCAGAGGCGUGCCUGCUUUUUGUUCAUCUACUUAAUCCCCGACACAGGACCCGAGACUUCCUCUCAUUUCUCUGUAACCAACCUUCACCUGUACUGUCACCAUCCGUCAUCGUCCUAAGAAACACUCAAGGAAAAGUCAACCAAAGGUAAACCACAGGCUGUGUGACACUGACAUGUUGUUGUCAGUGUCACUUUCACCCUCAGUACAACAGUAUGUUAUUCAAUUGUGCAUUUAAAAUGAAUCAUCUCCCAUUGUAGUGAAAUUGAAUGUAUUGUGUGUCAGGUCAUCUGUAGAGUGAGUUUUAAAUGACAAAUCCACCUUUAAUCUUUGGCUGUUACUGUCACUGCUCUGCCUUUGCUGCUUGGAUGAGUCUUAUUGUCCACUCAAAUCUAACUUUUCCUAGAGGAGACACUUUUUGCAAAUCAGAGGUUUCAGUGCCAACCACGUCGGCCGUGGUUAUGGAUCAGGAUGUUGUGGCUGUGUUACCUGGUGUUAGUUCCCGUGUUGCUAAAGAUGUGCAGCCUCUGGCUUUGUUGGAUUUACCAUGGGGGGGGGGAAGAAACACCUUCUUCCAAGUUCUGUACUUUUUAAAAUGUGAAAAGGCUCUUACACUGUGUGCAUAAAUCAACCUGGGGAAUGAGAAGUAUUCCACUUUUAAGAUAUGCUGUGUUCAAGAUGCUGUACAAUUCAGAUUGUUGGCUAGUUUUCUGGCUUCCCACUGCACCAAUGACAAACUGAUUUUAUUUUUACAGUUUCAAACUAUUGUUUGACGGAUCUGGCUCAGCUGUUGCAGCAAAAGCAAAGGAUGAAAUUAUUAUUUUGUACUUUAAUGUCAGUGUGAUAGGUGUAUGUGGUGUCCCAUGCGACCUCUCUAUUGUACAUCAAUCACAGAAAGGAUAAGAGAGAUGCUGGAUCAUUAUAUUUGAAGUUAACAUUCAAGGGAAUGGAUUGUUCACUAGUGUGUCCAUUGCUAGUAAUAUAUUCAUAUAACUUGUUGAUUUAGGAAAUAUAAAAUGAAAAAGAAAAUUGCAUUUACUUGUUGUAUAUUGUUCCGCUGCAGUUGUUAUGCUACUGUAAUUAAAUGAUUAAUACAGUACAUACUACAAACUGAAAGUCCCAGCUGGCUUUUCAGCGAGUGAACCCAUGACCUGUAGAAGGACAUGGACUGUUUGUUCAAACUAUUUAUCGCACAUUCCUAUUAUUAUAAUCAUGAACAGAACAUUUAGAGGUAGGACGUCAUUACACUGUUUUAGAUGUAGACUCACAUAUUCAUUCCUGAACAGCAUUGUUUACUCUCAUACAUGAUGCAUUAUAUGUUGUAAUAUAGUGGGUUUUAGGAACUUAUUAUGUUGUUAUUUGAAUGUAAUUACUUUAAAUAUAAAAGGGAUGGUGGACUCCUCGAGCUUUCUAAUAGUCUGCUUUUAUCUUUUUAAAUUGGGACAGAAUUGAAAACAGUUUUAUGUGACUUACAUUCAAAAAUGUGUUUGUAGAUGAAUUUCAGAAAGAGGUUUCACAGUGGUUACGUCACAUUUUUAGUUGCCAGUGUCAUUUUGAGUAAAACAUCUAUUUUACUGCUGCUUAUGUUUACAACGUGAUCUUCAUUAUGCAAUAUUACGUUGAAUUUUGCACAUUAAGUUUAAAUUAUGUUUUGUAUUUGUUGACUGUUUCUAUGACCAUGUUUUGAUUUCAAUAUUAGUAAAGGACAGAUUUAGACCGUUUUAAUGUAGUGUUUUUAUCUCAAUAAAAUAUAUAUGUAUACAUUC